UGAACGCUCUGCAGCGCGGAUCGGCUGGAAGUCGGGACUUGUGGAAAACGUCAUCAUAGUGUGGGGUUGCAAUCGCAGCCCCGAGGAGAGGAACUUCCGGCUCUGGCGGAAAUGUGAUGUGGCUAUGAAGUACGCAGGAUGUCGGCAAUUUUCAACUUUCAGAGUCUGCUAACAGUGAUCCUUCUCCUAAUUUGCACCUGUGCUUACAUCAGGGCCCUAGCUCCCAGUGUUCUGGACAAAAAUAAAACUGGACCUCUGGGGAUAUUUUGGAAAUGUGCCAGAAUAGGUGAACGGAAAAGCCCGUAUGUGGCCGUAUGUUGUAUUGUAAUGGCCUUCAGUAUUCUCUUUGUACGAUAACAGUCAGCUUGAAGAACAGCACUGUGGAUGAUCAUCAUUAGUUGAAUUUCCUUCAUAAAUAUGAAAUGGUCUGUGAAUGCCUCAACCUCCCAAAUCAAUAUUGUGCAUCUUUCUUCACAAGCUUUUUAAUGAUGUCAAUGUCGAUUCUUGUACUGGACCAAGGACUGAUGUUUGGGAUGAAGCUCCAUAAUGGCUGUAUUUUCUGACUGGACUAAUCCAAUCACUCUACACCUAGCACCUAUAUUCAUCUGAUUGUUGGUUAUUACUGUGUGUAACUGUCUAAAUAUUGUCAAUAAAAUUAUUCAAAUUGA